GCCUGCCCAAGAUGGGUCGCUCCUUCCCUCCCAAGGCUGUUCUUCGAGUGAAGGCCCUUCUCGUGAUCAAUUAUUUCUGGUCAUGGGCCAACUUCUUCCAUUUCUCUCUCCUCACUUACUGAAUGUUCAGUCCUCUCUGUGAAACACAAGCUGCUUCGUUAUUCAUCGUUCUUGUUGGUGUACCUUUUUGGUAUCUUGGAGUCGGAGUGCCAGAUACUCCAUUUUGCCAAAUCGCCCAAACAGGUUAUCGCCAAUCUUUUCGUCUGCCAGAAGAACUGCCACAAUGGCCAGCCCCAAGUACAACAGCCGUGACUCCAACAUCCCUCAGAUUCCGCCCCAGUCCCCCGAGUCCGAAGCCUUCGGCGUCGAGAGCAUCAUCUACAAGUCCGACCGGCCGUCCAACAUCCCCAUCCCAACCACCAAUGCCGGUGUGAACACCAACCAUGGAAACCGUGCUCCGUCCAACCCAAAUCGACCUCCCAGCCGUCCAUUCUCAACCUCUACAGCUCCCCAUAUGAACAACACGGGAAACACCAGUACCUUUGUCGCCAACAAAAAUGGACAACAGCCCUCCGCCUCAAGCCCUCCUAGCCCCAUAUCUACCCCCUUCCGCACCUCAAUCCAUCCCAAGCUCCGUUUCUUGACACCCUCGGAAUGGGCCCGCAUCGCUCACAGUAUCGGUGGCAUCGCGGACCCUUCUUGCGAGUCCAACACCGUUGUCCACCCCACCUGCUGGUACUGGCCGCCUCGCGGCAUGCCCGAGGGCCUUUACCGGGAUGUCAUCUACCAACGAACCCGGUACAUGUACUCGUACCACAUCUUCAGCAUCAUGCGAUGGUUCUUGAUGAUCCUGCAGAUCGUGCUAGGAGCGGUCUUGACGGCUCUGGGGGCAUGGGGAGGUAGUGAGGGCGUCGGUACCGGGACGCCAAUCACGAUCUUGGCGGCUAUAAACACCACAGUUGCUGGGCUGUUGGCGCUCAUGCAUAAUAGUGGGCUUCCGGACCGGCUGAGGAUGAACAAGAUUGAGUUUGAGCAGGUGGCGGAUCAUCUUAAGGAACUCCUCGACACGGGCAUUGUCGAAGUCGGUCAAGGAGUGGAUGAUGUCCUCAAAAAUUGCUUCUCGCGGUUUCACACGGCCAAGGCUACCGUGUGGGCCAACAUGCCUGAUGCGUAUACGUCGUCGUCUGCCGCCAGCAGGGACAAACCGCAGCUGAUCUGCCCGGAUCCGACCAUCCACCUUCUUGUAAAGCACGAGCAGGAAGCUGCGGAGAGAGAGUGAAGCCUGUAGAGUCUCGACACUUUAGUGUUUUUAACCGGCUCGUGAAUCUGCAUGGAUGGGUUGUGAGAACAUGUUUUAG